CGUCAUGAUGGAGGAUCACCGGCCUCUCACACCAACAGUUAAGGAAGAGAUAAGAACACCGGAGAGAUGUCCCAGUCCUCUUCUUCCACAGGAUGGUUUUGAAGAACAUUACAAUGUCCCACAGUAUGAUCAAGUAUAUGGAGAUAAGGACAUUAUGAUGGAGGAUCGCCGCCUCCUCACAUCACCAGUUAAGGAAGAGAUAAGAACACCGGAGAGAUGUCCCAGUCCUCUUCUUCCACAGGAUGGUUUUGAAGAACAUUACAAUGUCCCACAGUAUGAUCAGGUAGAUGGAGAUAAGGACAUUAUGAUGGGGGAUCACCGGUCCCUCACACCUACAGUUAAGGAAGAGAUAAGAACACCAGAGAGAUGUCCCAGUCCUCUUCUUCCACAGGAUGGUUUUGAAGAACAUUACAAUGUCCCACAGUAUGAUCAGGUAGAUGGAGAUAAGGACAUUAUGAUGGAGGAUCACCGGCCCCUCACACCUACAGUUAAGGAAGAGAUAAGAACACCAGAGAGAUGUCCCAGUCCUCUUCUUCCACAGGAUGGUUCAGAAGAACAUUACAAUGUCCCACAGUAUGAUCAGGUUCUGAAUCCGAGUGAAGAUCUGAACAUUAUAUAUGUUACAGAGACAUAUGUGAAGGGUGAUGAGCAGAAUAUAGAGGACAUUCCUACAGAUAACCGCCCAGAUGACUGUACCAGGAGCUUAGAUGGACAUUGUAUUACUUUAGCUUUGGAGGCAACUGCUCAUGAUGUUACACAAGCAACAUAUGAAGCUAUACCCUCAGCCCUACUCAGCCAAGAUCUUUCAUUUGAUCCAUUUCAGCAGGUCCAAUCUUCUGAUUCAUCACAGACUGUAACUCAAAAUAAAAGCGGGAGAAGUUCUGUUAAACAAGGAGCUGACACAAAGAUUAAGUUGCUUUCGUGUUCAGAAUGCAGAAAAUCGUUUUACGAUGAAUUAGAACUUCUUCAACAUGAGAGAAUUCACACAAGAGAGAAGCCAUUUUCAUGUUCACAAUGUGGGAAACGUUUUGCUUUCAAAAAAUCUCUAGUUGCACAUGAAAAGAUGCACAUUGAAGAGAAGGCACAUCAGAGGAGUAAAUUCAGAGGAAAGAAGACAUUUUCAUGUUCCGAAUGUGGGAAAAUUUUUAUCAGAAAAUCAAAUCUUAUUACACAUCAGAGAAUUCACACAGGAGAGAAGCCACAUGUGUGUUCAGAAUGUGGGAAAUGCUUUACUCAGAAAUCGGAUCUUGUUAGACAUUGGAGAAUUCACACAGGGGAGAAGCCAUAUUUGUGUUCAGUAUGCGGAAAAUAUUUUUCUCGGAAAUCAUAUGUUUAUAAUCAUCAGAAAACCGUUCACAAUGAAAAAGGACAUUUAUGAAUGUGGGAAACAUUUUACCCAAAAAUCACAUCUUUUUAAUCUUCAAAGAACUCGAGCAGGGAUGUAGUCAUUUUCUUUUUUUUAACUAACAUAUGCAACAGAAAGGAAAGGCAAUUAAGAGCAGUAAAUUAUAAUUAUGAAAUGUAUGCAAUUAAGAGGUCCUUGAUAUGGAGGCAGACCACAUCACUGCUGCGUGCCAUGUGGUAAAGUAAGCCCAUGUUCUAUCAGUUCCCAGCUUAAAUCCCAGAUAAUUACCUGUAGCCACCACAAGAUGAAGCUUGGUGAAAAGAGAUUUUUACAGUUUGCAUUGGGCUCAAUGGUAGUCGCAUUUAUUCCUAUACUGUUUGGGAGAGGCAAUGGAAUUAGAGCUGUAUAGAGGAGAUUUGGCAAUGUCAGUUGCCUGGCGUAAGUAGAUGCAUGGUGUUCAGAAUGAGCGCCAUAUUUAUAAAGCACCUGCUCUACUUUUUACAACAUAGGAGUUGGGGAAAGUACAAUUUAGUAAAAAUUAAGAUUUGUGUACCAAUAAAAAAAAUGUAAAUGUCAAAGCUCACAGAAAGCCAGUUUUCCCAUGGGGUCCAAAAAUUUUGUCGUAUGCCCCUUACAGUUACAGAGAUUUGUGAAAGAGUUAAAAAUACCUGGCAAACCAUAGAGUAGUGAAGCCUGUAUAGGACUGAAGAAGACCAAACUUGGCCAAAGCUUGCUCAUCUGUUUUGACUGCACAAAAAGCAGACACCGCUGUAGUGAAAGCAUAGUCAAAUUUCAAGUCCAUGUGGAAAUGGAUGUAGCACAGAUAGGUCAUCAAUAUUAGAUCGGCAGGAGUCAUACUUCCGGCACCCCCGCCGAUCAGCUGCCUUAAGAG